AUGGAAACAAGUGCGAUUCAAACUACUGAAAUUAUGUCUACGGUUACCGUUUCAAGUUUAAUACCAUCUAUUACAAGUAAUAUGUACACAACAAUAAAUUCAACUAGAAGUACAAAUGUAAGUACUACCAAGAACGUAACACAAUCUAAUCAGCUGUUCUCAACAACAACGACAACUUCACAAGUAUUGACUACUCAACAAAGUUGUUAUGCUCCAACCAUCACACUUACUCCUGGACAAUCAUCUUUAGUAUCUCCAUUACAAUAUCGAAGAAGUCAAGAUUUCUCUAUUACUUCAAUGACUGUAUUCAAUUGUAGUGGUUCACUUUCAACAAUCACCAAAUGGACAAUAACUAACUGCACUUCAAUUUGUUCAGAUCAACUUCAAAUGGAUCAAACAAUCACAACCACAUCGAGUGAACUGUAUAUUCCAGCAAAAACUUUGGGCUAUGGAAUUUAUAAACUAACAUUAAAUGUAACGAUGCCUGAUACACCUAGUCUAAAAGCUUCAUCAGCAGUUUAUGUUCAAAUCAUUCAAUCAGAUAUUACAGUAAAUUUCAUUCAAUUAGCAUUAUCAUUGAUGACGUAUGGUUAUGAACAAGACAUUUUGUUUGAUCCUGGAACAUAUUCUAUUGAUCCUGAUCAAGAUCAAUUUGAUGCCGCCAAUUGGAAUUAUAAAUAUUAUUGUCGAAUUUAUGAUUUAAAUAAUUUUCCAAAUAUUAACGGAUCAUUAUUGACAAUUGAUGAUUCUCGUACUGAUCUUCUUAAUCCAUCGUGUUUAUUAAAUCGAUCAGAUAAUCGAACAACAUUAAUAUAUAAAAAUUCAACUUUAUCACCUAAUUCAUCUUUAACAAUCCUUUCUGGUUCACUUCGAACAAAUCAAACAUAUCAAUUUAUGAUUUCUAUGACCAAUCGUCAAAAUCCUUCGAUUACAAGCACAGGUUAUCUACUUGUUAAAAUAGCAGAUAAAAUUCCAAAACUAAUAGUCAUCGGUUGCGUUCUAUCACAAAUGUGUGUCGGAAGUCCACAAUUCCAACUUGUUAAUCCUACAACACAAAUUGCUUUAUAUUCUACUUGUAUUAGUAAUUGUGUUAAUAUUCAAAAUAUUCAAUGGAAUGUCUAUCAAGGACUACAAAAUUCAUCUUCUAAUUCAACGCAAUGGAUUUUAUUUAACCAAAUGAAUUUAUAUAAUAAUAUUUGGUUUUUCGGUACAAACACAAUUAAUUUUACAAGUACAAAUCUAUUAUUUCUGAAUAAUCCUCAAACAAGUCUUUGGCAAUUUGAAGUUAUUUAUACAUUUACAUCUGAAAUAGUUUCAAAUACAAAGAAUUUUAUCAUUAAUGAACCUCCUACAAAUGGUUCAUGUUCAAUUGAUCCUUUAAAUGGUACAAUCACUACUUUAUUUACUGUUACAUGCUUAAAUUGGCUUGAUACAAAUGGAAUAAAAGAUUAUUCAUUAUAUACUUGGACAACAGAUCCGACGCAGAGAACAAUGAUUGUAUUUUCACCGGUAUCGACUUUUCAAGUUCGAUUACCAUCUGGAAAUAAUGAAACAUCAUUAGUUAAUAUUAUUAUUGUUAUUCGAGAUCUUUUUGAUUGUACAACAGAAUUGAGUAUGUCCUCGAUUAGUGUCACAGUUAAUCUGGCAGAUGUCACAGAUUUUAUUAAUGUUUUGCAAGCUCCAUCAACUGAAACAAAUAAUAAUCAAUUUGUUCAAUUACUUUCAAGUAAAAAUCAAAAUGCCAUUGGACAAGUUGUUACUUCACUUUCUCAACAAUUCAAUAGUAUGAAUACCGGAAGUGUAAACAACGCUGUUUCAAGUGGUAUUCCCGCGGCGAGUAUCUCAGUAUCAUCAUUAGGAAGCUCAAGUUCACAAACGACUUCAACACCAAUGAAUGAAACAGCAAUGAAUGAAUAUAAGAAAGAAUUAAAUUCUCAAGCAAAUGUUCGAGAUUAUAUGAUGUCAUUUUUAACAAAUCUUUCGAUUACAACAACAAGUAGUAUUCAAUUACAGGCAUCAUCAUUAGCUCAAUUAACUCAAGCAACGAGUCAACUAACAAGAUCUGCUUUAACGAUUGCAUCAAGUCAAUGUUAUCAAUUAGCUGUUGCUUUGUAUUCCAUGGCUAGAAAAAUGACAUAUGAAGAUAUUCAAACAAUAUCAACUCAACUCACACAAUGUGCGACAAAUGUUUUAACUGGUGUUAAUGGAAUAUUACAAGAUCGUACACCUGUACUUGAUUUAGAUUUAUCGCGAGUCAAUGCAAAUGAUUAUUCCACAGGAACAACACAAUCCGAUCGAAAUCUCUAUUAUCAACAGGAAUUAGCGAAUAUUAUCAAAGCUCAAGUUACACAAAUAGUUUCACUAAUAACAUCUUCAUUAAAUAUCUAUUUAAAUAUUGGUCAAAAUUAUACGAUAAAUACACCACAAACAUUUAUGUCAUUAGAAACGAUUGAUAGUCAAUCACUUAGCAAUAAAUUAAUCAAACAAGUGGGAAGUGCACAAUUUCAAAUUCCAUCUAAUUUUACUUUGAACAUCACAGAUAGUUCUUCAAUAUCAAUUCGAUCAACAAUGGAACCACUUGCUCCAUUUGGUAAUUCAAAAAUCUCAUCAAAUACAAAUAGUUCAACAUUAAUUUCACUUUCAUUACUUGAUUCAUCUGGAAAUGCAAUUUCAUUUCAAACAAAUGAAAAUCAAUCAAUUCACAUAUUUAUUCCUCGUGAUCCGAAUGUAAUUAUUUCAUCAAUGAAGUUACAAAAUGUCACUUCAAUUAAUUCAUCUUCACAUAAUUUCUUAUUUUAUUUACAAUAUAUUAAUAUCACAACUUCUCCUUCGAUUUCAGUUCAUUUUGAAAUUCAUCCUUUGAAUACAAGUCUUGCGUAUUUGUUUAUUUAUAAAUUUGAUCAAUCACCUCAAUUGAAUAGUUCAAUCAAUCUUAUUGAUGGAUGGGCUUUGUUUUGUCCUUCAACUUUGACAAGUGAAAAUAUUUAUACAUAUUUCAUUAAUAAUCAACAAACAUCUGAUCAUCAAUCAUUAAUAUUUGGUUUAAGAGAAUUAAAUUCGACAGAAAUUAUUGAAUUUUGUUCAAAUAAUUCUUCAGUGAACACUUAUCCAAUCACAGAUGAAAAAUUUAACUUUACAUCCAAUUACGAAUUGCGUAUUUAUACAUCAGGAUGUUAUUAUCUGGAUUCGGAUAAUAAUUGGAAAUCAGAUGGUUUGGUAGUUGGUUCGUUGACAAAUCAUUAUGAAACUGAAUGUUUAUCAACACAUUUAACAACAUUUGCUGGCGGUUUUAUUGUUUUACCUGCACCGAUUAAUUGGAGUUAUGUUUUUGCCAAUGCUGAUUUUAUGCGAAAUAAAACAAUUUAUUUAACAAUUAUUUGUAUAACAGUCAUCUAUCUUUUAUUGAUGAUUUAUAGCCAUUAUAAAGAUAAAAAAAAUAUUGAAAAGUUGGGAGUAACACCAUUAGCUGAUAAUAUAAAAUCUCACGAAUAUUUUUAUCAAAUUAUUGUUUUUACUGGCCAACGAGUCAAUGCUGGAACAAAAUCUAAAGUUCAAUUCGUUCUAUCGGGUGAUAGUGGAGACACCCAAGUUCGAACAUUUGAUGAUUCUCAUCGGAAAAUUUUCCAACGCGGUGGAAUUGACGCAUUUGUUAUGGCUGUGCCCAAAUCAUUAGGUUUAUUGAAUUAUAUUCGUAUUUGGCAUGAUAAUUCUGGUGAAAAUUCAUCAGCAUCAUGGUUUUUGAAAUACAUUAUUGUUCGAGAUUUACAAACAAUGGAGAAAUUUUAUUUUAUCGCACAACGCUGGUUUGCAGUCGAAACAGAUGAUGGACUUAUUGAACGUGUUCUACUAGUUGCUAGUGAAACGGAAAAACAUACAUUUUCUUAUGUAUUAUCAAAAAAAACAUACCAUAGUGUGUCUGAUGGUCAUUUAUGGUUUUCAAUUUUCUCUCGUCCACCAUCAAAUAAGUUCACUUGUGCACAACGAUGUACUUGUUGCUUUGUUUUAUUAUAUAUUUCAAUGUUACUCAACAUAAUGUAUUAUGAUUUAUCAACUGAAGCUAAAACAUCGAACAGAACAGACACUGCCAGUUUAGCAUUCGGCCCACUCUAUAUAAGCCCUCAGCAGAUUGGAAUCGGUAUUAUGGUUGAACUAUUUUCCAUAGUUCCAAGUCUUUUGAUUGUUCAGUUAUUUCGACGUAUUCGACCUCGUCAACAAGUUUCAGCAUUACGUCAAGCUCUAUACGAAUUAAAACCAUCUGCACAAAUUAGUCCAAGAGAUACUGAGUCAACUAAAAAAACUCGAUUUUCACAAAUAACAUUUCCUUGGUGGGUUUUAUUCAUUGCUUAUGCACUUUCAUUUAUAAUUAUUGGCAUUUCCAUCCUGUUCAUCAUUGCUCGCGGUAUUGAAUUUGGAGAUUUAAAAACUCAAAAAUGGUUAACAUCAAUUCUUUCGGGACUUUUUUCAUCAAUUGUUCUCACACAACCUAUCAAAAUUGUAUGUUUGGCGAUAUUUUUUGCUUGUUUCUGUCGAAAAUCCGAUGAUGAUAGAGAAGCAAGUGAAUAUUUAGAUGUAAAUAACUUCGAAUUAGAGUAUGAUGAAGAUUAUCUUCAUUCAUUCACGGAUUAUUCUUUAUUUACUUCUCGAUCUUCAAAACAAGUUAAUCGUCUGAAUGAAAAUGAAGUACAUUAUGCUCGUGAAGAACGUCUAAAAGAAAUUCAAAUGUGGUCAAUAAUUCGUGAAUUUGGCACCUAUUUAGUAUUUUUAAUAUUGAUUUUUCUCAUAAGUUUUGCUAAUCGUGAUCAAAAUAGUUUUCUUCAAGUGAACCAUUUACGAAACUAUUUUCUUAAUCUAAGGCAAUUGGAUAACAAUUAUCUAAAGAUUUCAACAGUAGCUCAAUCUUGGCAAUGGAUAGAGAAUAUUUUCACAUCAAAAAUUCGCACUCAACAAUGGUAUAAUAAUGAUGUUGCACAAAAUUUAACCGGAUAUCUAAAUGAUAAAUCUAAUCGAUUAAUUGGCUGGUCAGUAAUGAGACAAUUGCGUGUUCAAUCAAAGAAAUGUUCUGGCGAACAUGUUAUUUCAAUAUGUGAAGAUGACUAUAGUUUUUUCAAUGAAGAAAAGCGUUCAUUUGGACCAGGAUGGAUUAAUGAAACAUCCUCAGGAAGAGCAUAUAGUUCAUCAAUUCUUGGAGCAUUUAAAUACAAUAGUAGCGAUAAAUUAAACAGCUAUGUUUAUAGGGGUGAACAUGGAACAUAUGGUGGAGGUGGUUAUGUAUACGAAUUUCUCGGUUCUUUAUCGGAUCUUACAAGUAAUUUAUCUGAACUUCAUCAAUUAGGAUGGAUUGAUGAAAAAACUCGAGCUAUUUUAAUUCAAUCAACAUUAUACAAUCCCAAUGUUCAAUUAUUUACUUCAGUGACUUUUCUUUUGGAAUUUCUAUCAUCAAGUGGAGUUUUUCCAACAUAUCGCUUCGAACCAAUUAAUUUCUUUGUGUUCACAUCGUUAUACCAAUUGAUUUGUACAAUUAUUUAUGUAUGUUUUACUAUUUAUUUUACGAUCAAUGAAAUUCGACUCAUUUUUCGAUUGAGAAUGAAAUAUUUUUUUCAAUUUUGGUCUUUAAUCGAAUGCGGUAUAAUAAUUUGUUCAUGGGCAUGUGUUGGAGUUUAUAUGUGGCGUUUUCAUGAAUCAAAUCGUAUCAGUAAAUUAUUUGAAGAAACUAAUGGAAAUGCUUAUAUAAAUCUCGAACUUGCAAUUUAUAUUAAUGAUCUUUUAACAUUCCUUUUUGGCUUUUGUUGUUUUUUUGGAACGAUGAAAUUUAUACAUUUCUGUCGAUUUAAUUCUUAUUUAUCACUAUUUAGUAAAACACUUCAAUAUGCUGGCAAAGAAAUGGCUUCAUUUUCAAUUAUGUUUUCAAUUGUAUUUAUGUCUUUUAUUUGUUUAUUUUAUUUAUUAUUUGUUUCAACAGUAUGGUCAUGUUCAACUUUAUUAUCCACCGCACAAAUGCUUUCUGAAAUGACCUUAAUGAAGUUUGAUACAGGUGAAUUAAUUGCAGCUAAUGCUAUUCUUGGCCCAUUGGCAUUUGCUUUAUUUAUGUUCUUAACUGUUUUUGUUUGUAUGAGUAUGUUUAUUUCGAUAAUCAAUGAUAAUUUUCGUCGUGCUCAACAAGAGAGAAUUGAUAAUGAAGAAAUGUUUCCUUUCAUGUUAAGACGGUUUCUAUGUUGGACAGGUUUGAAAAAAGUAAGCGAAUUAGAAAGACAAGCACAAUUGGAUUCUCGAAUGCAUUUACAAUAUUUUGAUCCAAUUGAAAAUUUUCCGGAUCGAAUUGCUCAAUUAUUAGAAGUAACCAAUAGACUUUAUAUGGAUCAAAGAAAUGAAUUAUUAAGAUUACAAAAAAGAGAAAACUUACAGAUAAGAAAUGAUUAA